CCCGCCCUGCCCUCCUCGCCCAGAGGCUUUCCGGCUGCUGCUGCCACUGCCUGCAAUUUGGUGCCCGGAGGGUUCCGCGUUGGGACGCCAUGUCUCUGCAAGGGGCGGUAGGGGCUGCGGAGUUGGUUUUCUAUGUGAAUGGGAGAAAGAUAAUAGAGAAAAAUGCCGAUCCUGAACAGAUGCUGCUGUUUUAUCUGCGAAAGAGACUCCGUCUUACAGGAACUAAGUAUGGCUGUGGAGGAGGUGGCUGUGGUGCCUGCACAGUGAUGAUAUCAACUUAUGAGCCAGCUUCAAAGAAGAUACGACACUACUCAGCAAAUGCAUGCUUGCUUCCCAUUUGCUCAUUGUAUGGUAUGGCAGUCACCACAGUGGAAGGUGUUGGAAGUACAAGAACCAGAAUUCAUCCUGUUCAGGAAAGGCUUGCCAAGUGCCAUGGCUCCCAGUGUGGUUUCUGUACCCCUGGAAUGGUUAUGUCCAUAUACACUUUGUUAAGAAACCACCCAGAACCAACUUACGAGCAGAUGACUGCAGCUCUGGCUGGGAACUUGUGCCGCUGUACUGGAUACAGGCCCAUCCUAGAUGCCUGUAAAACCUUCUGUAAGGAUUCUGUUUGUUGUCAAAGUAAAGCAAAUGGAAGGUGUUGCUUGGAUCAAGAAGAGGACUUAUCUGGCAGAGAAGAGAAGGAAUCUGCCAGACUGUUUUCACCAGAUGAAUUUGAGCCCUUAGAUCCCACCCAGGAGUUUAUAUUUCCUCCAGAACUAAUGAGAAUGGCUGAAAAUCAACCGAAAAGGACUCUGGUUUUUCAUGGGGAACGAAUGAUGUGGAUUUCUCCUGUAACCUUAGAUGAAUUACAGGAUCUGAAAGCUGCCCACCCCAAAGCACCUCUUGUUGUUGGAAACACCGGUGUGGGACCUGAUAUGAAAUUUAGAGGCGUGUUCCAUCCAAUUAUCAUCGCUCCUGCCAGGAUCCCAGAUCUGAAUGUGGUGAAAUGCAUGAGUGAUGGAUUAACUAUAGGAGCUGCCUGCAGCCUCUCUGUAAUGAAAGACAUCUUGAGAAAUGCAGUUUUGGAGUUGCCUGAAGAGAAGACAAAGAUUUUCUAUGCGGUCUUGCAGCAGUUAAGAACACUGGGUGGAGAACAGAUAAGAAAUGUUGCUUCAUUAGGUGGAAACAUUAUAAGUCGAAAAUCAACCUCAGACUUGAAUCCUAUUCUGGCAGCUGGCAAUUGUAUGCUUAAUCUGGCUUCACAAGGAGGAAAGAGGUGGAUUCCUUUAAGUGAUAUUUUUGCAAAUGGAGUUGGUAACAAUACUAUUAGGCCAGAAGAGGUUUUAGUCUCUGUCCAUAUUCCCCAUUCUAGGAAGGGAGAGUAUAUCUCUGCAUUUAGACAAGCACCGAGAAGAGAAAAUGCUCUUCCAAUAAUUAGUGCUGGAAUGAGAGUCCUUUUUGAAGAAGGUACAGACAAAAUUAAGGAUUUGAGCAUUUUCUAUGGAGGUGCUGCUUCAACAACAAUCUGUGCAAAGCAAACCUGUCAGACACUUAUUGGAAGAUACUGGAAUGAAGAGAUGUUGGAUGAAGCUUCCAGGCUAAUCCUCAAUGAAAUAGUUCUCCCAGACUCAGCCUGGGAUGGGAAAGUAGAAUAUAAAAAAAUUUUGAUAGUUAGUUUCUUCUACAAGUUUUUCCUGGAAGUAUUACAGUCCUUGAAGACAAUGGACCCUUGUCACUAUCCUGGCAUACCUAUGGAAUAUGAGAGUGUUCUAGAAAACUUCCAAACCAAAAUGCCCCAGAGUAUCCAAAUAUAUCAGAAUGUAGAGCUGAGUCAGUCUCCCCAGGAUCCUGUGGGACGGCCUAUUAUGCACCAGUCUGGAAUUAAGCAUGCCACUGGUGAAGCAGUUUACAUUGAUGAUAUUCCUGCUGUGGACGGAGAGCUCUUCCUGGCUGUUGUCACUAGUUCCAGAGCUCAUGCUAAGAUUGUAUCUGUAGAUACCUCAGAGGCUCUGAAGGAACCAGGUGUGUUUGAUGUCAUAACAGCUAAUGAUGUACCAGCUACAAAUGAGUUUCACUAUUCUGAUGAUCCAGAGAUUAUAUUUGCAAGAAACAAGGUAAUUUGUGUUGGUCAGAUUGUAUGUGCUGUAGCUGCAGAUUCAUAUGCUCAUGCCAAACAAGCUGCUGCAAAAGUGAAGAUAGAGUAUGAAGCGCUGGAACCUGUGAUCUUGACAAUUGAGGAUGCUAUUAAGCACAAUUCAUUCUUUGAGCCAAAAAGAAAAUUAGAACAUGGAGAUGUUGAUAAGGCAUUUGAAACUGUUGAUCAUAUACUUGAAGGGGAGAUUCACAUUGGAGGACAGGAACACUUUUAUAUGGAGACUCAGAGUGUCCUUGCUAUUCCAAAAGGAGAGGAUAAAGAAAUGGAUGUGUUUGUUUCAACGCAACAUCCAGCAUUUAUCCAGGAGAUGGUAGCUGCAAGUCUAGGCGUUCCAGCAAACAGGAUCAUGUGCCAUGUUAAACGAGUUGGUGGAGCUUUUGGUGGGAAGCUCCUGAAAGCUGGUUUACUGGCAUCAGUUGCUUCAGUGGCAGCAAACAAAACCAACAGAGCAGUCCGUCUUAUUCUGAGCCGGGGAGAUGAUAUGUUAAUCACUGGUGGCCGACAUCCUUUUAUUGGCAAAUAUAAAGUUGGCUUCAUGAAUGAUGGUAGAAUCAGAGCUGUGGAUGCCAAGUAUUACAUUAAUGGUGGAUGCACCCCUGAUGAAUCUGUUCUGGUAGCGGAAGUAUCCAUAUUAAAAAUGGACAAUGCAUAUAAGAUUCCCAACUUGAGAUGCUGGGCUUCUGCUUGCAAAACAAACUUGCCAUCAAACACAGCAUUUCGAGGGUUUGGUUUUCCUCAGUCAGGACUGGUGACAGAAACUUGGAUAACAGAAGUUGCAGAGAAAACAGGUUUAUCGCCAGAAAAGGUUAGGGAAAUAAAUAUGUAUAAGGAGGAUGAGCAAACACACUUCAAACAAAAGCUUGAUCCACAAAACUUAAUACGUUGUUGGAAUGAAUGUAUGGAGAAAUCUGCAUACUACGGUAGAAAAACAGCUAUUGAAGAAUUCAACAAACAAAAUUACUGGAAGAAAAAAGGGAUUGCCAUUGUUCCAAUGAAGUUUCCAUUUGGACUAGGCUCACGUUACCUUUCUCAGGCUGCUGCUCUGGUUCAUAUUUAUACGGAUGGAUCUGUGCUUUUGACACAUGGUGGAAUUGAAUUGGGACAGGGUAUUCAUACAAAAAUGAUCCAGGUUGCUAGUCGGGAAUUAAACAUCCCAAUGUCAUAUAUUCACUUCUGUGAAACAAGCACAACAACUGUUCCUAAUGCAUGUGCUUCAGUAGGAUCUGCAGGGACAGAUGUCAACGGCAUGGCUGUAAAGGAUGCUUGCCAAACUCUUCUGAAACGCCUGCAGCCUAUCAUUAAUGAGAACCCAAAAGGCAACUGGAAUGAUUGGAUUAAAAAAGCCUUUGAACAAAGUGUGAGUCUUUCAGCUACUGGCUACUUUAGAGGUUAUGAUGCAAAUAUGGACUGGGAGAAAGGGGAAGGACAGCCAUUCACGUACUUUCUUUAUGGAACUGCUUGUUCAGAGGUUGAAAUUAACUGUUUAACGGGAGAUCACAAGAACCUCAGAACAGACAUAGUUAUGGACAUUGGAUGCAGCAUAAAUCCAGCUGUGGAUAUAGGACAGAUUGAAGGUGCCUUUGUUCAAGGCAUUGGACUUUACACAAUGGAAGAAUUAAAGUACUCUCCAGAAGGAGUCCUACGUACUCGGGGUCCAGAUCAGUAUAAGAUCCCUGCUGUUUGUGAUAUUCCAGAACAAUUUAAUGUUUCUCUACUGUCAUCUUCCCAAAAUCCUUAUGCCAUCUAUUCAUCAAAGGGGUUAGGUGAGGCGGGACUUUUCUUGGGAAGCUCUGUGUUCUUCGCAUUGAGAGAUGCAAUAACUUGUGUGAGGAAUGAAAGAGGACUAAAAAAGACCUUUGCACUGAACAGCCCUCUGACUGCUGAACAAAUACGAGCAGCCUGCACAGAUGACUUCACUAAAAUGAUGACACGUGAUGAAUCUGCUUCCUCCACUCCUUGAGCCAGAGUGCAUCAGACCUGAACAGAAUUCCAACUAUUGAUUUCCUGCUCCAAAACACACUAAUCAACUCACAUAAAAUAAAGUAUUUUCUCAUUUUCAGAAUAGAAACAUAUAUACAUUAAAAAACACAUUACUCUUCUAUCAGUCUUCAUUUUCUGUCUGGUAUACUUACUACACCACUUGAGUUACAGCAUUUAAUUAUUAGAAAUACAUCUGCAAACAUACUUAUUCCACAAGAAGGGUGGAGCAUUACUGUGAUUAAAAAAAGACUAAAGCAAAAUAACAGAAAACAAUUUAAAAACAGCAAAAUAUAUCUGCAAUUAUCAAUCAUCUGAUGCUGCCUAGGAUGUAGACAAGCAGUAGCAGCUGGAGACAGGAAAAUAUAAAGCAGCACUGUUUAGAAUGGUAACAAAUUCUGAUGAUAUUACAAAGUAAAUACAUUCUUCAAAUUUAAUAUAAGACAAGUUCAAGAAAGUACGUAGAAUAUAUUGAAAUGAAUAUAUUAUGGAAGCUCCAGACACAGUUUUCUGAUUUCAACAUUAGAAUCCAUAGAAUUGAGCUCAUGGAAAACUUCAGCCUUUCCUCUUAUCAAAGUACAAAGUUGAAAUUUCAAUUCUGAAUGUGCUCUCUCAUACCUACAGAUAUCCAAAAGUCUCUGGUAUUUGGAUUUGGGGCUUUGAUGUAAGAUGCAUUGUAACACAGAGAAACCAUUACUUUUUCAGUGUAUGUAUGUAUGUUUCAGAAAGUAACACUUGAAAAAAUUGUACUAGAUUCAUGGACUCAUAGAAUCACCAAGGUUGGAAAAGACCCACAAGAUCACCUAGUCCACCCAUCACCAAUAGUUCUCACUAAACUGUGUCCUUCAACAUGUUCUUUCAUGGAGUCAGUCACACGUUGAACAUGUGAUUUCAGUGAACCUCUGCAUCAUCUGUUCCUUACUGCUGUUUAUAAUGAAAAUCAUUGGCUCUAAUUAUUUCACACAUUGGUCUGAGGUCUCUCAUUUCACUUCUUAGUUUACCACCAACUAUUUUCUCUUCUUUCCUUUCAUACCUUUUUUAUGAGCUGGUAUUGUAUUUGUGAGGGAAACCAAGUUAGCUGGUUGGACUUGUUUUAUUUUGGCUAUUAAAAUAUGAAUAUUUAUUGUUGCAA